GGCAGCAUCACAUCAAUGACCCCGAGCGGUAUGCCGUUUGGCCGUAAGGGUAAGGAGGAAUCGAUGAGUCAGUAUAAGUCUGUCGGUCACCGCUAUUUGAGCUUCUGCUGGAAGGCAUACCGUAUCGGGCGCGAGGAAGCGCUUGAACGCUGGGCCGUUCGCUUUACGGAUGAGCAGUGGAGCUUGCUGCAGGAUGUGGCAGAAGAGCUUGAGAGGGAUAGGGUUCCAAGCAGUUAUAACAGCAGAUUUUCCAGUGGCAGAAAGAGACAAGCUAAGGAUAAGGACGAAGACGAAGACGAAGAUGGAGAC